CAGGCUUUCAUUUGCUUGGUUUCGAAGCAAAUUUAUUCAUUGAAUUUUGAUUGUCAUACAUUGUCAUUCAGUUGUUUAUAUUGUCUUUGGAAUUUGUUCGUUAUAUGCAUCAUAAUAUUUAUGGUUAUUUUAUUAGCUGACUGCUUUGAAAGUAAUAAUAUUCUAGCGUACUGAUAGGCUAAACCAGUUUCAACAGGACCCGGUAUUUUGGAAGGUGUGAACGAACCAGAACUGACCCCCUAGGCUGAACCAGAAGUGGUGAUGAUUUUGUAGAGCAUUUAAGCCAUGCCUCGAAAAAAUCAGAACCAUUAUGAUGAUGAUUUUAAUUCAGAUGACGAACCAGAAACCUUGAUAUCCCGUAAUCGAGCACCAAGAAAGCAGAGACCAGUAUCUGGAAAAAGGGCAUCAAGGAAUACCAAGCGACCAAGUUCUCCAGGGAAGAGUCGAGCUCACAGUGUCCCGGCAGCGAGAAGUGGCCGAGACCUGUGGAUAAACGCCAUUCAGAAGAGACAGACACUUGGUAUCGGCAGUGCAAAACAUUCCGAGAGUCCUCGCCACAAAACACCAAUUGAAUAUUGGCUGGAUACUUUUAGAAAAACCGGUGGAGAUAGUUCUACAAUGAAUACCUUCAGUGGUCUGAAGAAAACGGGUGACAAGAAUCUUGCCUACUUGAGUACACCACACUAUUUACGGCAGGUGGUCGGUAUAGAAAAGACAGGAAAAAACAACAAUGUCACAGCAAAACCUUCAGCAGGGACGCCUGCCUACAAAACCCAGGAAGAAUACUACGAUGAAGUGCUGAGUCUGAGAAAGAAAAUCAGUGGUUUGAACCAGGACUUUGCUACCAUGAAGGCCAAGGUCAGAAGGUUGGAAGAGGACAACAUUAAAAAGGAAAAAGAAAUUGAGAACCUGCUGAACCCUUCAAAGAGCGAUGAAUUGCGGAGGACACUUGGUGAUAAAAAACCAGACUCUGGGGCUGUUAUACAUAGUCUUAAACAGAAAAUACUGAAACUGGAAGUACAGCUCCGCGAAAAAGAACAGUCACAUGUUAAACUCGCUGCUGAGCUGAAGACCACAAAGAUUGACGAGAUGAAGGCACAGAUGGAAGUGUUUUACCAGGAGAUUUAUCGCCUUCAGCACUCUAAAGACACCGGCACAGAUAAGGGGAGCCGGUCUGGGCGAGAAAGCAGCACGAAGGUGGCUGCCCUGAACGAGACAGUGAUCAGGCUGAGUAAGACCAAUGAGCAGCUACAGCUAGAAAACAAAGGCUUAAAGGCAGAUCUGUUGAGAGUACAGGAGAAUGGAGUGGAUCCAGCAGUAGGAGGAAGAGGAGAGUACCAGGACAUGAACAGACGAGAGUUACUGGCUGAAAUUGCAAGGUUGAAGAAGCGAGCGGAAAAAGCAGAGAGACGUUUUGAAACAGAUAGUCUUUCAAUGAUCUCAUUUGACAGUAGGAGAGGAGAAGUGGCGGGUAAAAUAGUUCUACAGGGUACAAUGGAAGAGCGACUUCACCAGUUGGACGAACGAGAAACGGAACUGUUGGAGGAAAUAGAGAAACAGAAAAGUCUUAUCAAGAGAUUAAAGGAAGAACUAAGUCGAUACAGGGGUCAUAAAGAUAUAAGUUCGAAGCCUCCAACACCUCGGUCAUCGAGAACAGCACCACAGAAAGCUCCACGAUCAGGGUCAAUUGAAAAAGUCUUUGAUAGAGAGGUGGAAGAGUUUUCAAAGAAACAUGCAGCUAAAAGUAUUCAGCAGACUUGGCGGCAACGACAGAACAGGAAAAGAGAGGAAGAGAGAAAGUUCAAUGAAAGUGUUGAAGCGCUGCGACAACAGAACGCUGCAAAAGUUAUACAAAAGAGUUGGCGGAAACACGGCGAAGAAAUGGAACGUAGAAAGUUGAAUGAAAGUGUUGAAGCGCUGCGACAACGGAACGCUGCAAAAGUUAUACAAAAGAGUUGGCGGAAACACGGCGAAGAAAUGGAACGUGCGAGGAAACUGGAGCACUUGAAACAAAGCCAUGCGGCCAGGAGAAUCCAGGGUCAGUGGCAUAAACACCGCCAGUAUAAGACCGAGGUGGAGAGAGAGGAAGCUGCUCUGGACAUCCAGGCUGCGUUGAGAGGUCACCACACACGCAGGUCGCGGCUCCGUCAGUUUGACGGAUACAGCACCGAUGGUAGCGAAGACUACAGUGAUGCAGUCGAUCUCAUCAAGUCGUCCAUGCGAGGACAUCAAGCCAGGAAACAGAACCUCAGAAGAAUAAGGAGGGACUUGACAGAUACUGAUGACGAGAGUUUAUAUAACAGAAGAUCAUCAGGAGAACGCCAUUCAAGACCAUCAUCUGCACGGUCAGGCAGUGUGGGAAGUGCUCACUUAAGGAAUUAUGCUGAUCACGCUCGACAUUAUCGGUCGACAUAUGACGAAGACGAUGGUGAUGACGAUAUUAUGAUGUAGGACUGAAUCCUUCCACAUCCAUCUGAAAAUAGGAUUUUUUUUUAUAACUGAAGAGCAUAAAGUUGUAUUAAAUAAGUAAAAUAAGUAUGUGAGAAAAUUGGCGAUUAAGCCUUUUGCUGAUAGGUUAGAAUUUCUAAGGUUGUUUACAGUCCAUGCUUAUUAUAUCAGGGUAUUAUUUCUCAAAUUUGAACUGACGCCCAUGACUUUGACUUAGGGAAUUUUAGCAUCAUUUUACGAAAAAAUGGGAUUCCUCAGUUUAAUUUCAAAAACAUCUCAUUAAGCUAAGUUAGAAUUUAAAACAGUACUACUAUACCUUGUCAUGUAUUUGUAUUUAUUCAAAUUAAUAAUAUAUCUAUUUUGCAUUAUGAAACGAUAUAGGGGAGGGUGUAUGUUUAUCAAGUGUUAUGUAUCAUUUUCAAAAUACAUCUUUAUACAGUGAAACCUCUCAAAACUGGGCCCUUUGUAAACCGGAAUUCCCUCAAAACCGGUAGUUUUUCAUGGUCCCUUUUAAAAUAUCUAUGCAGGAAAGAACCUCUCUAAAGCAGAUACCUCUAUAAAACCAGACAUUUUACUUGGUUCCGAGGGUGUCCGGUUUAGAGGAGUUUCACUGUAUGAUAAUAAUAAAUAGGAAUUAUUUACCUGUACAUUCAGAUCGGGAGGGUUUUUUUUUACUCCAAAAUUGGGAAUAAAAAUGACAUAGCCUUUAGGGAAUGGUGCUGAUAAUCGGAGUCUAGAAACAGCUGAUGAAACUCUGAACAUUUUAAAGUCUAAGACUCCGAUCUCUAAUGAUGUCGCACACAUUAAAGUCUGGAGUCCAGACUCUUUAUAAAAAAAAAAUGUUUUAUAAGCUCCGGGCCACGAUAUAUCCGGUUGGUAGAAUUGUAUCAUGGAAUCAUUUAAAUGCAUAUCAUAACGAGAUCAUCACAGCAUUGUUUCAUUUUGUGAUGUUUCAGUUUUAUUGAUCUGUUGAUGUUUUGGGGUUAUUUUUAGAAUUGUUACUAUCUCGGUCAUGUAAAUGCAUUAAAAGAGUUUUAUAGUUUGUUUAGUGUAGGAAUGUAAUUUUGAAAUGUUUGUAUAUAGACCAACAGCUGACAUUUUGUCACACGUGCCUUCUUAAGAUUAAUGGACCAGGUGUACAUUUUGUUGAUAAGGGCUUUUACCACAUGAUUACAGAUACUGUAUUGGAUGGUGUUUUGAGACAAUUAACACAGUUGUGAUGUUUAUUUCACAAGACAUAAAUUUAAGCCUAAAAUUAUAUUUUCUUAGUGUUGGUGAACAUGUGGUAUGAACAUCUUGAAAAUAGUUUGUAUUACACACAUUUGAAUCCAAGUAUACAUGUAUGUUACAUACUAGUAUUUUUUUUUUUUUUUUUUUAUUCAAACAGCUAGGUUAUAGUUAAAAAAACCCAAAUAUUAUUGUGGAAACUUGGCAGAAACAUGAAAAUGGUAUAACCUUUACUGUUGUGCAUAUAUAUGUACAUACAUAUUUAUUUGUAUUUAUUUUUCACACAUGAUAUGACUUAAGACCAGUGUAAAAACUGGUUUUCAGUUGAUCACAAUUUUUUUUUUUUAAUGUAGAUGAAAUGAAGUUAAAGGUUAACAAAAUGUAAUGCAAAAAAUAUGCAUAGUUUUCUUACCAAUUUUGUGACACAGUGGAACAUUUUCGUCUUUGGUUGUUGGAAGUGUCAGAUGGGAUGGGCGUUUUGAGUGUGGUAGAGUACAAUGCAAAAUAGGCGAGAGGUCAGGAUACAUCUUUUGGAAAUGAUGAAACAUUUAAAGUAUAAUGAUGUAGCCAACAUGAGGCAGACGAGGCGCGUGCCUCAUCUGGAAUUUCCCCAGAUUUAUAAAAAAAUUCCCAUGACACAGAUAUUUAGUUUACAGGUCUGGGUUUGCCUUGGCGUUUUUUCCUUUCUGUCUAUGCCCCAGAAGUAAAUUAAGAUCUCUAACAGAUGGGCCUCCUGUUUUCAAUCCCUCAAAUAGCUGUGUCCAUUCAUGGCUGACAGAAAGGGGUUUUGGGGGUUUUUUUGGAAGGGGGUUUGGGAGUAUUUUGUUUGUUUUUUCUUGGUGAGGUGGGUGAGAUUGUUAGCACAAAUUUAUAUAUAUAUAUAUUUUUUUUUUUCAAACAAUAUACUGGUAUGAAUCUUUAAUUUAAGUUUUUGGUUUCACCCUACUAAACACCCCCACCCCCUUUCCCAACCCACCCUGGAAAAAUCUGGAUCCACUGACGAUAAUUAUUAGUAUUGGUUGGAAACAUACAUGUAUACAGUCUACAGUGUACAGUGUACAGUAUGGGCCAAAUUUACAAAGCCUGUUUUUGGACUUAGACGUGUGUAACAACAUUCUUUUACAGUGCCUAAACACGUGUUUAAAAAAAACUAAAACAAGCUCCAUAAAUUUGACCCUAGAUAUGUUUUUACAUACGUGAUUUGGUUUCCUGCUUAUAAGAUGUUUGAAGACAUGCUGGAGUUAGGACCAGAUUUGAACUCUAUCCACACUGCGGUUUGAAAACAAAA